AUGCCAAGAAUACAGGGAUUAGAAAAUCUUAAUGAUGAAAAAUCUGACUCAUCUGAUCAUGAAGAUGAUAUGAAAUAUUUUGUUGGUGGUGGUAAGAAUUCAGGACAAGCUGUAUUUGGUAAUGGUCCAAAUAAUAACAAAAAAAAUGAAGAAAAAGUGAAUGCAUUGUUUGAACAGGCAAGAAAAGCUGGUGCUGAAAUUUUGUCAUCUGAAGAACUUGAAGAUAGUAACAAACAGGGUUCAUCUAGAGAUUUUUCAUCCACAACCGGUUAUAGAUUAGGAGGCUUAUACAGUUCACCUAGUGUUGUAAAACCAACUGAAUCAGAUGCACAAGGUAACAAUCCUUUGAUUAUUGAUAUUAAUGUUUGGACUAACGGUUUUUCAAUUGGUGAUGAUGGUUUAUUGAGAAGUUUUGAUGAUCCUGAAAACCAAGAAUUUUGGAAUGCAAUUAUGCAUGGUCAGAUACCUUCAGAGAUUAUAAAAAAUAACACACCUGGAAGAGAAAUUGAUGUAAGACUUCAUCGUCGUACUGAAGAAUAUAAACCACCUAAGAAGGCUUUUGCUGGUUCUGGAUAUCGUCUUGGAGAAAAAGUCAGUCCAAUAGAUUGUGAAAAUGCAAAUGACGAUGUCGCUAAAAAGGCAAAUGCUGAACCUGCACUUUUAUUAGCUGCUCAAAAAGAAAUCAAAUUAAAAGAUGGUGAAAAAGUUGGUAGAGUUGGUAUUCGCCUUCCAUGUGGACAAUUAAUAAAAGCAGAAGUUAAUGCUUCUCAUACAAUUGGUGAUCUUCGUGAUUUUGUCAUUAGAGCAGUACCAAGUUUAAGUUUUUCUUCAUGGAGAUUUAUAACAAAUGUACCAAAACGUUCAUUUGAUGAUGAAACUCAAACAUUGGAUGAAGCUAAGAUAUUUUCUGGAAUGAUAAUGGUGAAAUUUGACUAA